GCUGGGGGCUCCGUCCCCGCAGCGCUCCGUGCCCGUCACCCCGCGUGGCUUUAGGACAAGGUCAGCACGGCCCCGUGCCGCUGCGGGAGCUCUGCGCUGGCCUCGGCGGCGGGGGUUACUGCGGUGCACGGCUGGCGGACACACCAGGGCAGUACGGGACCGUUUCGGAUGCAGAGCCGCCUCGUGCUCCCCAGUCUGCCCAUUGCGUGCGGGAUCGCCCCCAACCCAAACGCCAGUCCCUGUUGCAAACAUCACCUCGAGGACAAUGCGGGAGCAUGUUGGGCUGCGGCCCAACAUGUUAAGGGACGGGGGAGCAAAGUGAGCCCCAAAAGGUUAUGGGGAUGGCACUGUCCUCGGCGGCCCCUUGCAGCCGGAAAGCGCCUCAGAGACACUGAUUUAAAACACACGUUUGUGUGCACGCACUAGGGUCUGCGCAGAAUGGGGACACAGCUCCUUCCCCCGACAGCGAGCCCUCCCUUGACCUCAAUGUCUCCCCUACAGGAUGCCCGGCGAUGGCCGCCUCGCUGAGCCGCCCGUGCUUCCUGUCCCUCCACGUGCCCUACGGGCAGGGCUGCGCACAGGACCUGGCUGCCGCUUUCCGCUUCCAGCCCGUGGCCGUGCGGGAGACACCGCGUGUGAGGCAGCUGGCGCUGCGCCGGGGCGCUGCCGUCUUCCUCCUCAACCAGCGCCUGGCGCCGGCCGGCAUCUCCAACCACGAUUUCCUCUACGACGUGGACCCCCGUCCCACCCUGGGCACGGCCUCCAACGUCUGCCUGGAGGUGGAUGACGUGCCGGGGCUGUGCGCGCAGCUGCAGAGCCGGGGCUGCACCCUGCCCGUGCCCCCCAUUGAGGUGAGAGAUGAGCGCGGCUCUGUCACCUACGGCGUGGUGAGCUCCGCCGUGGGCAACAUCAGCCACACGCUGCUGGACCGCUCCCGCUACCGGGGGCCCUUCCUGCCCGGCUUCCAGCCUAUACGGGGAGCACCCCCUGGGGACGGCGUGGAGAUCUCCCACUUCGACCACAUCACCUACGUGUGCCCGCGGGGCGGCACGCAGGCUGCUCUGGAGUGGUACCAGCUCUGCUUCGGCUUUCGGCACUUCUCGCUGAGCCCACGGCAGCAGCCGGCGCAGGGCUUUGUGCUGGGUGGGCACGGGGCCGGCAUGCUCCUCCGCGCCCUGCAGAGCUCCCAGGGUUGCGGCUGCAAGCUCGUCCUUGCCGAGUCGCUUUCCGAAUCCAUCCCAAACCAAGUGGACACCUUCCUGGAGCAGCACGGUGGGGCCGGCAUCCAGCACGUGGGUCUGCGCACGCCUGACAUCGUGUCAGCCACCAGAGCCCUGCAGAGGGCGGGCGUGCGGUUUUUCACCCCCCCUGCUGCCUAUUACAGUCAGGGGGGCAAGGAGGAGGAGGUGCGGGGUGCCGGGCAGGAUCCCUGCACGCUGGCAGAGCUGGGCAUCCUGCUGGACACCGCCGUGCAUGGGGACAGCGGGCAGCUGGGCAGCAGUGCUGGGGUAAGCCCUGCACAGAGUUACUUGAUGCAGAUCUUCACCCAUCCCCUCUUCUCCGAGGAGACCUUCUUUCUGGAGCUCAUAGAGCGACACGGAGCUCCUGGCUUUGGGGAAGGCAACAUACAGGCGCUGUGGAAAGCUGUGCAGGUCUAUAUGGACCAGAGGCAGUAGAGGCUGGCAGUGUCCCUUCUCUCUGUCCCAACCCUGGGGCAAUACACUGCAGAAAUACCAAACGAUAGCCGUGGCACAGCAAUACGGUCCAAGGCACUCAACCCAGACACGCUCCAGUGCUGCAGCACAGUGCUCAGAAAUAGGUUCUGGGAGCUCUGAGCAGCCCCCAGGGGAGAUGGAGAGGGCUUUCUCCUCCUUAACCAGAUGUGAAGGACCUCCUGCCUUGAUUUCACCUGAAUCUAAUGAAAGUUGUACCUGAAGCAUACGGCUGAGGACAUUGCUGGCACUGCCACAACUUCACUGUGGGAGACAAGGAGAGCACUACAGACAUGGCUGCUUACUAGCAGACAUCAUCCAAGGCACCACAGGGCAAGUGACUGCCCCUUCAUCACCUAAAUUAAAGAAUUAACCUGAAA